CCAUGAAGCUUACCAGCCUCGUGGCCUUCGUGGUGCUCCUGGCCCUUGGAACCCCAGUGUCCUGGGCUGUGGAAGGUGCUAGCAAAGAAAGAGCUAAACAGGGAGACUGCCCCUUCUCACGCCCAGUGAAGUGUCUCCUAUACGAACGCCCUGAAUGCCGCAGUGACUGGCAUUGUCCACGGAAACAGAAAUGCUGUCCUCACCUUUGUGGUAUCAGAUGCUUGGAUCCUGUGGACCCGUCACAGCCAGUUAAGGUCAAUCCUGGGAAGUGCCCAGUGGUCGCCGGCCAGUGUGAGAUGCUCAACCCAAAAGACGACUGCCUGAAUGACGGCCACUGCCUGCGUGGUCUCAAGUGCUGCAGAGGGACAUGCGGGAACUCGUGCGUGAAGCCAGUGUGA